AUGGCAACGGAGCACCAAUUGCCUCUUUUCAGGGUCUACGACGACCCCGAAUCACUCCGCGCAGUCGCAAAUACAAUAAUCUUCUCCUUCGCCCAGGAUCCCUUGAUACAAUGGUUACGCCCACUCGCAGACCUGUGGUCAGUUACUGAUCCCAAUACAUCCAAAUGGCAGUAUCGUCGGGUCCAGAGGGCUGUUGCGGAUGGUAUUGUGGUGAGGUCUGCUGCUGUCGGCGAGAUUUAUAAGAACGGCGAUGUCUACGAACAUGAUGCAGGCGCAGUGGCCUUGUUUUUUCCUCCUCGAGGCCGCGUCCGAGGAACUCUGGGUAGGAUGCUGCUUUCGUGGAAGUUGUGGUUCCUUGGUAUAGUCAGUCCGAUUCAUGAGAAAGGUGGAAAUGAACAGAGACUGCAAAAACUGAUGGAUACACAUGAUCGAGUUAUUAAAGACGUCCAGCAGAAGUAUGGUAUCCCCGAUCUGUGGUACCUAGAGGUCAUCGCUGUACACCCCCGUCUUCAGGGCCGUGGACUGGGGAGGAAGGCAUUGUGUUCGGUGUUAGCCCAUACCAAUAAUGAGCCCGUGAUUCUCGAAUGUACAAACUGGGAUAAUGUCGCUUUUUACGAACGACUGGGGUUCAAAGUUGUGGAAGAAGUUGAGUUGAUAGAGGGAGAUGCAGCAGUGAAGCUGUGGUUCAUGCUGCGCCAAGGGUCGGAAACCCAGGCAAAUUGA